AUGGAAAUUGGAACAAGUGGAGAGGACGCCCCUGUGCCUGCAGGUGUCGAGAGGAUGGAGAGAUUGCGAGAAGAAGUCAACGCAAGCAUCUCGCUCAAUUCGCAACGUGCGAGGACGAGGCCAUCUCCAACGACGACCGCUCGCAAUCCUGCUGCUCUUGGUGCUCGAAGAAUUUCACCUAUCAAGGAAGAAGACUCGGUAACCUCGCUAUCGCCUUCACUCGAAGCCUCCUUCAAUACCCCCACGUCCCCGAAUCCACAAACAACAUCCACGGACUCGGCCGAUUCCACCAAAACUGUCCGUGGCAAUGUUCCUACAAGAACUCCGGCCUAUCCAUUCCCUUAUGUUCCAGGCGCUCCACUUCCUCGAUCCUCCUCCUUCCAACCCUUCACCGCAUUAUCCCCUUCAAGCUCGACCAAUCAACACGCUCGCACCCCUCGAGAAUAUCAAGUCUCCGAAUUCAGCACGCCCAUAGCGUCUCCCGCUACCUUCAUGCCUGGUGAGCAAGAUCAGGCUUCUACUGGUUCCAUUUGUCCACCGCCGAAUCUUUAUGAAUUAGUUCUUCGUUUGAACAAUGAUCCGGGCCUCGACCCAUUCUGGUCCAAUCUUACCAACAUCCUGCACGAUUCCUACGGCGCCCAGCGCGCAACCCUCGCCCUUCCGGCGGAUGCUGGUGAACUGGAGAAUGUACCUUGGGGGCAGAAAGCCUCUUACGACAAAUCCGGUCUUCACAAUGCUCAAAAUACGCAAGAUUCGUCCCAGACCAAACCCCAAUCAGAUCCUUCCCAUGGUCCCGACGAACAGCUUCAAUGGCGGCCCGUCGAAAUCCCUGAGAGACCCAACUUGGCGACACGACACUCAUAUGCUGGUUAUGAACGUGGCAAACGCACGGGACGCCCGGAUGAUGCUCGUGCAAGCGUGGCCCCGCGUCCAAAAGGUUUGAUGCGAAACGCAAGCCAGGCAUCGUAUCUCUCCUCAACCCACACCGACGUUUCUCAACAAUCCCGAAACGAUUCUCUGUCAUUCAGUGACAUGGACUUCUCGUCAACGGGUGAGGAAGUGCUACAAGAUCCGCACGCUCGAGUAUUUCCGAUCCUUCGCGCUCUAGAUCACGAAGUUGACCCCCUUAUCGACAGCUCCGGCGUCAACCGAGUUCUUGAGCAGGGCAAGCUCGUCGCCCUGACGAGAGACUACAGUCUUCACGAUGGUCAUUCCGAAGGACCAAGUAAAUCUUCUGGUGUACCAGGCGAAAGCAACUUGAGCGAUGCGUCGAGUCGGAGCUCUGGUGAGCAACCGCAGCCAAAGCGCAUGGCCACCAGAUCUCAGGCGGAUAUGCUCUCCGGGAAAUCGUCGGAACCCACGACGGUCCCGGAUUACUUCGCCCUCUCCAAGAAACAUGGUCAAUACGAGGAAUACGAACAGCAUCCAACAUCACCUUGGUCGCAGUCUCCUGCACCCUCUCCCGCCAUUCAAACGGAAACCGAGGAAAGCCCCUUCUUCAAUACUGGAAAUGUGGAUGAAGAAAGUUUCAAUCCCACGGCUAGCCAGCAAGACUAUGCACAAUACGGUCCGAUCGAAGCAAUCGGUGUGGACAAAGCAAGCACCGUCAUCCAUGUCCCCCUGAUUCAUCCCCUUCUCUCACAGCUGAUGCCAUUCACUUCCGCACGGGAUGAACAGGGCAAGGGAAAAGAACCUCCUAAAGAGAAGAAAUCGAAAGUCCCGAUGGAUCAACUGGUCUUUCGCAGAGCUCCAAUUGCCAUCUUAUCGGUGUUGUCCAACACAGUUCCAUAUUCGCAAGGCCUUGCAAAAUCCCUCCAGCUUCUUGGACCUCAUCUCGCGACGUCAUUCCACAAUGCACAACAAUUCACCAAUGCACGCCUUCAAGCAGUCCGCAGCUCUCACCGCCGAUAUGGCUCCGGUCACCGUCUUGGUUUGUCGGGCAUGUCUGCCGAGCCGGAAACGCUUGACGAUUUGCUCAACAUCGAUCUCGAUCCAGCGACGGUAUCGGGUGCUGGAAGCUUAACAAGUCCAUCGGAGUACUCAAGUCGCUCCCGACAUAGUCCUGGCGGCUCGAUCAGUGGAACACCAGGUUGGGACGCGUCCUUCGUUGGCAUGUCCUCUACCACUGGGCGUCAUUCAGUUCAUGGGACGCCAGCACCGAUGGGAGGUGCAGAAAUGGUGGAAAGCUAUUUUGACGCGAAGUCAAGACCUAUUCACGAACCAGAAAUUGGAUCGCAAGUCCCAUCAGCCAGCACUUCUGCGAAGCCAGAAGCCCGACGAGCUCAUGCACAGCGACUUCCAGUCCUGACGGCUCACGAUGAUAAUACCCCCAAGCCUCGCGAAUCCGAAGAGAAAGUCGGCAUGGAAAACGCCCCCGGCCCAGAGUCCGCAGGAAAGGUCCCCAAACAAACUCAUUUUGGAGACCGGCGACACACGUACUUGCACUCUUACGGGGCGGAUUUUGGUUCGACUUUCCAGUCCGUUCCCUCUGCCACAACGGUCACCACUCGCACUCCUGGUCUGGUCAGGACAAGCUCGGUAACCGAAAGCAUCCCGAUGCCGCCGCCUUCCGAGAAACUUCUGCGAAUCAUCGUUGACUCCCUUCCCGUGCAGAUCUUCAUCGCUGCCCCUCUCACCGGUGCAUUGACAUGGGCCAAUUCCAAAUUUCAUGUGUAUCGCGGACAGGAUUCACGUCAAAUCCUCGACGAGCCGUGGCAGGCCGUCCAUCCCGAAGAUCGCGACGACUACAUGAAACAGUGGCACCAUUCUCUCGCGACCGGGCAACCGUUCUCUCACAAGGUCCGCUUGCAACGGUUCGAUGGUCAAUAUCGAUGGUUUUUUGUGCGCGCCACACCCCUUAAAGACCGGCGACAAAGCAUCGUUCACUGGGCCGCGACAUAUAUGGACAUCCAUGAACAACACGUGGCGGAAGUAAAUGCCUCCCGACAACAGGAGACGGAGGCGUCCGAGGCAAAAUAUCGAGCGUUGGCGAACUCCAGCCCUCAAAUCGUCUUUGUGGUCACCCGAUCCAAGGGGUUGACUUUCUGCAACUCCCAGUGGCUCCACUAUUCCGGCCAGAUUGAGUCACAGGCUCUUGGACUAGGUUUCACCGACUAUGUGCACCAUGAGGACAUUGCGAAAUGCAAGCUGCCAACGUUCGAGGACGAUGAAAGUUCCGCGCCGACGAAUGUGCCCACGUCCGUGCCACCGGAACCUCGACGACCAGUGUCCGAUUUGACCCAGACACCAUCCGAUGAUUCGAUCGAGACCACCAAAACCGUCACCAGUCCUGGUUCCACAUCUCCCAUCCCUGCGAGGCUGCCUCAGGCGCAGCUGUCGAAACUGGCGGGCAUGGGUAUUCUGAAGGUGUCUCGUGAUACCGACGGCCGGCCCUCGUACUCCACCGAAGUUCGGCUCAAAUCUAAACACGGAACCUAUCGAUGGCAUCUGGUGCGGGUUCAGCUUGCAGAAAAAGUGAUCCAGGAAGAUGAGGACGAGUUGUGGUACGGCACUUGCACGGACAUCAAUGACCACAAGCUCCUGGAGCAGACCCUGAAGGAGACCAUGGAUGCCAAGUCGCGAUUUCUCAGCAACAUGUCUCACGAGAUUCGUACCCCUCUGAACGGUAUCAUCGGCAUGGUCAAUCUGUUGAUGGCGAGCGCCCUGAACACCGAGCAAAUGGAGAAUGUGGAAAUCCUCCGGCGGAGCACGGAAAGCCUACGAAAUCUGAUCAAUGACAUCCUGGAUCUCUCGAAGGUGGAAGCGGGAAUGAUCACACUCUCGAUGGAUUGGCUUCACGUUCGUGGCUUGAUCGAGGAGGUCAAUGAUUUGACCGCAGCGCUCGCCAUCAACAAAGGACUGGAACUGAACUACUUGGUGGAAGAAAAUGUCCCAAGGAUGCUCAAAGGCGAUCAGUUCCGAAUCAGACAAGUUCUCCUCAAUGUCAUCGGCAAUGCGAUCAAAUUCACCAACCAAGGCGAAAUUUUCGUCCAUUGUCGGCUCUGCGAAACACCAAAAGGCAAGGACCCCUUCCAAACACUGGUUCAAUUCGACGUAAUCGAUACCGGGUCCGGUUUUACGGAGGCAGAAGCAGAAUACCUCUUCAAACGAUUCAGCCAGCUCGAAAAGGGGAGUACCCGACAGCAUGGCGGAACGGGACUAGGACUAGCCAUUUCCAUGCAGCUUGUGGAACUUCACGGAGGUCAACUGACGGCGAAGAGUGUUCCAGGAAAAGGGUCGACAUUCACCUUUACACUGAACUUUCGCCUUCCGUCGGAUGACGACCAUCCUCCAACUCGCGUCGCCACAUCGGACUCUCACCCACCGAAUACAACUCGAAGAGAAACCCAUGAUGGGAAAGUGGAGCCGAUAUCCACCGUGAAAGGCUAUUCGGCAUCUCCGGUUCCUUACACGCCGUCUCCCGGAAGUUCCAUGCAAUCGUCCGGAGCAUCCUCGAUCUCCAUGUCUCGCACGGCGAGGAGCAGCAUUCAAUCCGAACGCUCGUCUGCAUCGUCAUACUUGCCGGAAUCAAGCAGAGUGCCCAUUGACCUGGAGUUGCCUGCUGAAAGUCGCGAGAAGCCUGGAGAUCGGUCGGAGGCAAGUGGGGAGACCGUCGGACCCACAGGCGGCCAAAGUCCAGCAGCCAGCAUCAGUACCGUGCCGCUCACGCUGUACUCGAUAUUGGUUGUCUGUCCACUCCUUCAUGCGAGGACUGCCAUUGUGAAGCACAUCGAAUCUUGCCUCCCGAAAACAUCCGCCCAGCAUAUCUCUGCGAAAGAGGACAUGGCAGAUUGCAAGGAUUUAUUAAGCGGCGAAGAUCCGGUUCGAUUCACUCAUGUGGUUUUAAACCUCAAGGAGGUGGACGAGAUCGUUGCCUUUAUGGAUGUGAUCACCAACACCGAUGCUCAUGCGGCGACCUCCCUGGUGGUCAUUUCCGACCUCCAUCAAAAGAAGGAUAUCACGGAAGCGAGACCGAAGUUGGACUACGAGAGAAUUCAGGCGGACCGAAAACUAUACUUUUUGUUCAAGCCGGUCAAGCCAUCCAAAGUCGCGGAGAUUUUUGAUCCUUGGAAGGAACAUGAGAUGAGCAAAGAUCGCAACAUGGACAGCGCUCAGGCGACGGCGAUGACUCAGAAGCAGCUGUUCGAAGAUCUCUCGACGAGAUUUGGGAAGAAAGGGUAUAAAGUCAUGUUGGUCGAGGAUAACCCGACGAAUCAGCAGGUUUUGGUGAAAUUCAUGAAGAAGGCAAACAUAGAUCUUGAACUCGUCCAAGAUGGCGUCCAGUGCGUCGAUGCUGUCUUCGUCCAUAAUCAUGAUUACUACUCCAUCAUUCUUUGCGAUCUCCAUAUGCCCAACAAGGAUGGGUUCGAAACCUGCAAAGAAAUCCGUGCGUGGGAACGCAAGAAUCAAUAUCCCCAUAUGCCGAUCAUCGCCCUGUCCGCCAAUGUCAUGGGCGAUGUGUACAACCAAUGCGUCGAAGCUCAAUUCAACUCGUACGUCACCAAGCCGGUUGAUUUCAAGGAAAUGUCCGAUGUCCUCGGGGCGUUCCUUGACCCACCGGAUCCCACCAAACCCUUGCCGUUCAUGCGACCAAAGCAGUCUACGCAGCUCCGCAGAUAG